UGUUCCGAUGGAAACUGCAUUUACGCCGAGUGGAUCUGUGACGGCACCAACGACUGUGACGAUGGCUCCGACGAACAGAAUUGUGACAACCAGGUAUGCCCAAGUGACCACAGGAGAUGCAAUGCAACGGACUCCAAAUCCAAAUGUAUCCCGGAUAUGUGGUGGUGUGACGAGAUGCCAGACUGCACCAACAAUGAGGAUGAAGAUCCCGCUGAAUGUUCCCAGAUGGUCUGUGAGGGUGACAAGUUCAAAUGUCAGACAACCAAUCAGUGCAUCUCCAUGAAGUGGAGGUGUGACGUCAAAGUGGACUGCUACGAUGGCUCCGACGAACUGAACUGUCAAGAAUACACUCCGUGCGAUGAAUUCCAGUGCCACAACGGCGCCUGCAUCACGAUGAAUUGGAGAUGCGACGGAACCGACGACUGUGGCGACAACUCUGAUGAGUUCAACUGCACGCACCACCAGCGUUAUCGCCAGCGUCAUCAUCCACAGCAUCACCUCACUCGUAAUGGUACAAAUUGCAUCAACAGCGUGCAGCUGUGUGAUGGCGUUGAGGACUGUGGCGACGGGUCUGACGAAGAUCAUCAGAUGUGCCUGACGCAUGCAUGCCUGGAGGGCUACUUUCGAUGCCACGACAACAGAACCUGCAUUCCAGAUGCACUGAGAUGCGAUGGCAGUGAAGAUUGCAAGGAUGGGUCUGAUGAAGCUUCUUGUGUUGCAGCUUCAUGCAAGGAAGAUGAAUUCGACUGUAAGAGGAAUGGUUCCGAGUGCAUCAAGUUGUACAAGCUCUGCAACAGAUACAAUGAUUGCUUGAUGGGUGAAGAUGAACUGACAUGCGAUCAAUCCUCCUCUCCUACUGCCAAUCCGUCAAUCCUAACCAACUGCUCCUCUGCGUCCAUGGUCAUCAACAACAAGGUUGUGUGUACCUGUCCGCAUGGCUUCAAACUCGCCACUGAUAAUCAAACUUGCGUGGACGAGAACGAAUGCCUCAUCCCGAAUAUCUGCUCGCACGUCUGCAUCAACAAACCUUCAGGCAAGGGCUACAAAUGUUUGUGUCACCCUGGUUACGAGAUGGACCCAAAGACGCAUAGGUGCAAGGCUAAAGGCGAGGAGCCGGUGAUGCUGUUCGCGAACAGGCACGACAUCAGGCGCAUCAAACUGCGGACUGGCACCUACGAAUCUGUCGUCGACAAGUUGUACAGCGUCAUUGCCAUCGAUUACGACUACCGCGACGGCUUCAUUUACUGGUCUGAUGUUACCGAAGAGACUAUAUACAGGCUGUCGUUGAAGUCAAGUGCAGAAGUACCGAAGUUGUUGGUGCACAAGGACCUGAGCACUCCGGAUGGGCUGGCUCUUGAUUGGGUUCAUAAGAACUUGUACUGGACAGAUACUGGUCAGAUUGAGGUGAUGUCAGUCCGUGAUCCAGCUAAUUUUCAUCCGAGGAGAGUUUUGUUUGGCGAGAUGUUGGAUCAACCACGGGCCAUCGUGCUCGAUCCAAGGCCUGGCAAAUACUUAUUCUGGUCAGAUUGGGGUUUGCGUCCGCGCAUCGAACGCUCUAAUUUGGACGGCUCAUCGAGACGCUCCCUGGUCACCAACAACAUCCGCUGGCCCAACGGGCUGACCAUCGACUAUGAAACUGAGAGGAUUUUUUGGAUAGAUGCCAAGUUGCUGUCCAUUUACUCGGCUGAUUAUGAAGGCGGCGAUGUUUAUUUGAACUUCAUGUGCCGGGAGUACAUAAAGCAUCCGUUUGCUAUCACUGUCUUCGAGGAUGACAUAUAUUGGUCGGAUUGGGAUACUGAAUCAAUCAACAGAAAUAACAAUAAUAAUAAUAAUAAUAAUAAGGUUGAUAUGGUGGUGAAGAGGUUGCUAUCUCCCAUGGGAUUGUUGAUAUUCCAUGGGUUGAGACAACCGCAGGGUUAG